CUUCAGAAUGUUGGAGAUGGAUUCCCUGGAUGGUUCCAUUCGCGUAUGAUUUGGUAUUGUUGAUUGAGCUUUGAAAAGGGUAUUUCUUUUUCUCUGAGUAUUGACCUGCAGAAUGUCUCCAUUAUUGUGUGGAGACCAGAUUUUCAUCUCAGGGGACCAAAAUUCGGAGAUUCUGGCCCACUCAGAACGCUAGAGCCUAGAAAUACCGAGAGAAAAGGUCCCACAAUUCAGUUGGACUACCAUAUGGAAAGUCAACUAAAAUUUAGCUCAAUGCUCCCAGAAUUUCUCCCUUGAUGAGCGUAUGGGGCCAAUUUAAUCCAUUUGUUUAAUCAAUGUGGGCCAUGAUCAGUGAUAUAAUUGUCCAUUGCCGUAUGCAAUCAGUUCACGUUAUUUCUUGGCUUGACCGACACCUGCCUGUCAAGACUGUACAAAGUGAAAAUGAGAGGAAAGAACCAAACCGACGAGAAAACUCUCCCAUCCAAUCCAGAAACAGCGUAUACACGUGAAACAUGGGGCGUGGACGUUUCGGUAUUUCCUUCUAGAAGAUCUCGUCAUUUAUUCUAGAAGACUGGAUACAAUGUAUCAACAUCAAUAUUGAAUCGGCCAACCCUCUGUGUUCCCUUCUAGAAAAGAAAAGGCACAUGAUAGCCAUCUCUUUCAAUACCAUCAAUUUCAUAAUCCCCUCUUUUCUUGCUUUAGAAUAAAAAACAGAAAUCUUCAAAUACAAUAUCCCAACUUGUCAAGACAUCAAACGGAGAUUUUUCAGUGUCAAACAUAGCAGCCUACUACGUAUUUCAAAUUCUUUAGUCUUUACAUGUCAUGAUUAAACAUCACCUAUUUAAAGAGAUUUUCAUUUCUUAAGACUUAAAAGUCAUCGGGUUAACUCUGCUGACAAGAUGAAUGUGAAGAAUAUGGUUGAUGUCUCAUCUUUCUUUCUCUUUGAGGCCACCGGAGACUCUGAGGCGGGUGUUUCUGAUCCUGGAAUGCCUGUUGUUUACCAUUCAGAUGAGGAUGAUGGUGAUGAAGAUGCAGAAUCUUGUAUCUGUGAUGGUUCGGAUCUUCCUGUGGUGAAUAAGAUCUAUGGGGGUGAUCAUGCUCUCCGAGGAUGCGAUGCAGAGGAGGAAGAUGACGAGGAGGAGGAGAAUGGGGAGGUGGUGGAGCAGGAAGAGGUUCAAGGGUGUCAAAAAUGGAGGAGUGAUCAACGGAUAGGAUCACCGGAGGAGCAAAAAUCAACGGUUUCUGUUGAUUCAAAGAAAACGAUGAAUGAAAGAGAAAGAAGCAAGCUCUUUUGGGAAACAUGCUUGGCUUCUUGACUCUGGCUCUGUUUUUCAAGUCAUGACUGAUUUUCUUCUUACUUUCCUUUCUAAUCUGAGAAUUUUCCAUAUAUUACUGUCUGAGCGUCUCCAAUUGUACAGACAAUCACAGUUUAUAUGAUACAGAAGUUGAUUUCUAAUGGGUUAUUUUUCUCUGUUCUCUUGUUUAUUUCCCAAGAUGAAUUCCACCAUACUGUAAAUGGGAGAAGCGUAUUUGGAAAAUGACA